GGUAUAAAGGAGAAUUCAUCUGAAACUUGCUUAUACAAAGAGCUUCUGCUUCUUCUACACUGACCUGGAUUCAUAGCCAAGGCAAAAAUGGCUAAUUUGAUCAAUUCCAUUUCUGGAAUUACAGGCAUGUUGUCUACCACAGAGUUACUUGCUGCAUUUGUGGCAUUUACUGUCAUGUUCCUAAUCCUGAAAUCUUACAGACAGAAGAUCCCAAAAGGAACAAAGAAAAUGCCAGGUCCAAUUCCUUUGCCAAUUAUCGGCAACCUACUGCAACUGAGCAAAAAUCCCCAUUUAAGCCUGACCAAAAUGAGUGAAACGUACGGAGAUGUUUUCCAAAUCCAUAUUGGCACAAAGCCUGUGCUGGUGCUUAAUGGACUCGAAACCAUCAAGCAAGCCUUACUGAAGCAGGGUGAUGUGUUUGCUGGGCGCCCAGACCUCUUUACCUUUCGCUUGGUUGCUGACGGCCAGAGUUUGACAUUCAGUAGCGAUUCUGGAGAAGUAUGGAGAGCCCGUCGACGGCUGGCCAACAACGCCCUCAAAACGUUUGCCACCUCUGCAUCCAUGACCUCUAGCACAACUCUAUUGGAAGAACAUGUUUCUAAAGAAUGUCACUAUCUUCUCAGUAAGUUCCACCAAAUCAUAGAGGAGAAAGGAGAGUUUGACCCCUACAGAUACGUGGUUGUCUCUGUAGCCAAUGUCAUCUGUGCCUUGUGCUUCGGAAGCCGCUACGACCAUGACGAUGAAGAGUUUCUGAAUUUGGUGAACCUAACGGAUGAGUUUGGGGCAGCCGCUGCUUCAGGAAACCCAGCUGACUUCAUCCCCAUAUUGCAGUAUCUUCCAAGUCGCAGCAUGAAGGCCUUUAUGGAUAUCAACAAAAGAUUUUUGGCCUUCAUGAAUAAAAGUGUCAAUGAGCACUAUAAAACGUUUGAUAAGAAUUGCAUCCGUGAUAUUACCGACUCUCUGAUCCAGCACUCUCAAGAAAAGAAGGUCGAUGAAAAUUCCAACGUCAAAAUUACCGAUCAGAAAAUAGUGAACAUUGUUAAUGAUCUUUUUGGAGCUGGAUUUGACACAAUUACUACGGCCGUGUCUUGGAGUCUCUUAUACCUUGUAGCCCAUCCAGAAAUACAGGAAAAGAUGCAGAAAGAAUUAGAUCGAGUCAUUGGCAGAGAGAGGAGACCAACAUUAUCAGACAGAAGUCAGCUGCCUUACACUGAAGCUUUCAUUUUGGAAAUGUUCCGUCAUUCGUCCUAUUUGCCCUUCACCAUUCCUCACUGCACCACUGAAGACACUGUACUGAAUGGCUACUUCAUACCUAAAGGAAUAUGUGUUCUGGUGAACCAGUGGCAAGUUAAUCAUAAUCCGGAAAUAUGGAAAGACCCAUUCCUCUUCAAUCCAGAUCGCUUUCUGAGUGCAGAUGGCACUACACUGAACAAAAAUGAUAUAGACAAUGUCCUAGUUUUCGGACUGGGCAAGAGAAGAUGCCUUGGUGAGGCCAUCGGAAGAAUGGAGGUCUUCCUCUUCCUCACAACUCUGCUUCAGCAGAUGCAGUUCUCUAAGCUGGAGGGAGAUAAACUGGACAUGUCGCCUCAGUACGGUCUGACCAUGAAGCACAAACGGUGCCACAUUACAGCCAAACUGCGCUUUCCUCUGUUGAGUUCAGAGUAAUUCAUGCAUAUCCCUGGGCAACAGCCCGAUUUGUGAAUACCAGAAGGGACUCCUAUUGGACACACUUAGAUGGACAAUAGGUUGGAUUUAAAGUCCCAUCCUCAGAUGCCAGUGAAGUGUAUUCUGUAGGUGGUAAACUAAUGCUUAGUUUUAACAUGAGUUUUGACAGAUCAUAUAUAAGCUCUGUGCAUGUGUCUUAUUAACCAACAGAAAAUCCCUUUAUAUUAUGGAAAGGGAAUAAUUUGCUAAACAAUGCUGUUUUUGUUAAUUGUCACAUGUGAAGGAAGCUGUUCUAGCUAUAAACGAAGCUGCUUUAAUUUUAUGUUUUUAUGGAUAGAUGUGUUUAUUAUGCAAACUUAGUCCAUUCAUUCAUAAUCAAGCAAAAUGAUUGCCUGUGAUCCAUUGCUUGUGGAGGAAUCCAGAAUCUGUAUAUUAAUUAACUAAUGCACUUUUAUUUUUUUCUGAGUUGGCAAGCAAAGAUUAUGCUAAAAUGUGCAUCUUAGAACCAUUGCACAUCCCAAACCAUUCCUGACUAUUCCAGUAAUACUGUCUCAUGUAACCUUUGUACCAACCAAUUAUGCUGACAUUUUUGAUUUAAUAACAGUAGCCUUUGGAUACAACUUUUAUCAUGUAAAUAAUGCGAAGGGAAAUAAAUAAGCCAAUGUUAGUAAGCAUGACGAAUUGAGGGGAAAUGAUCUAAAGAGAUUUGCCUAAACCCCCUGUCCUUAAAGCAUUACAACAGGGGCAGCACUGGGGAGAUCGUCAGAUGCUCUACUGCACUGUAAGGUUGGCAAAGCACCAUGGGAGAUGUAGUUCUAUAUCUGCAGAGCUACAUUUGGCCGCGUCUGGGUUACAAAGACACAUUAGGGGAGGUUUAUCAAAGUAUUCUCUUAAA